CUUCCUUAAUUAUUUAUUUAUCAUAACAGCGUACCUCCUUCUAAGCAGAACCGCCUCGGCAAACCCCCCCGAACAAUGUGCAACGUUCGCCCGUUCAAUCAACUUGCCCCGCGACUUCCCGCAGGCGACGGACCGCGGCGACGCCUUCGGCAGGGCGCUCGCCACAGCGCGGUAUACAUACUAGAACCCCCUAGCGUUGGUUUAACCCUUCUUGUCCACUGCCGGUCGGACGGCGGGGGACGGCUGCCCGGGCGGCGCGCCGCCGCCCCGUCCCGCAGAGGCCGCCCGAGGCCGAGGUCAAGAUGCCCAUGCUCCAGUACGCCGAGGUCGACGAGAAGGCCUGGCGGCCCUUAGAGAUCCAGGAGCGGCUCGACGCCUACUAUUCCUUCCGGGAGGCGCGCCACGAGGAGCUGAAGCCGCUGCCGAAGAAGGCGGACCCCUUCGCGCACCGCGAGCUCAGCUUCAUCCCCGCCGAGUCGCUGGGCACGCUGCCCGAGACGGCGCACAUGACCAUCGCCGCGCGCCGGGCGUUCUUCAACCCCAAGAGCCGCGAGGAGAUCAUCGCGGACCUCGAGAAGCGCCGGCUCGAGGCCGAGGCGCGCCAGGCCGCGCGGGAGGAGGCGGAGCGGCUCGCCCUGCGGGAGGCCGAGGCCGCGGCCGAGGCCGAGGCCGCGCGCCUCGAGGCGGAGCAGGACGCCGCGGACGAGGCCGCCGGCAAGAAGAAGAAGAAAAAGCGGAAGAAGAAGAAGAAGGCCGCGGGCGGCAGCCGGCCCGCGUCGGCGGCCGUCGAGCGGCCCAAGGUCGCGGCCGCGAAGCGGCCGCUCAGCGCGCCGGCGAAGAUCGCGCGGGCCCUGCCCAUCCGGACCUACGCGACGGAGUUCCGGGGCGCGGUGCGCGGCCUGCCGGACGCGCCGACCUGCGACGUCAAGGCCGCGCCCGGGUCGCGGACGGGCCACCGCUCCGCGAUCCUGUCGGACAAGGAGGUGUACGCGGUCAAGGAGCCGAGCGUCGAGGACGGCCCCGUCGACCCGGACCCGACGCCGCGGAACGCGGACGGCACGCCGCGCGAGCACCGGACCGUCGAGUUCACGGGCACGCUGCUCAUGCGGCUCACGAGCGCGACGCCCUGGGCGAACGUGCGCUACACGCUCGACGGCAGCGCGGUCAAGCGCACGUCGCGGAUCUACCGACGGCCGCUCGAGCUGAGCAACCACUGCGUCGUGCGCUGCGUGACGUCGAAGCGGGGCUGGUCGUCCGGCGAGCUGAUCGUGCGCUUCGUGCGCAUGGCCGACAAGCGGGGCAUCAAGGAGAAGAUGCUGAACGCGGCGAAGCGCGGCGCGGCGCUCGGCCUCGUGGACCAGCGGCGCAUCUCCCGGGGCGACGCGCCCGACGCCGUCGAGGACAUGGACGACACGCAGCUGCUCCUGCGGGCGGUGCUCGCGCAGGACGUGCCCUCCGUGCGGGAGAUCGUCAGCGGCGGCGCGGCGUCGCCCGACGGCGGCGGCCUGGGGACGCCGACGCCGCUGGUGCUGGCCUGCGAGAAGGGCGCGACGCUCGUCGCCCAGGUGCUGGUCGGCCACAAGGCCGCGAUGCAGCUCCCCGCGGAGGGCAUGGUGACGCCCCUGCAGGCGGCCUGCGGCGCCGGCGCGCUCGCGUGCGCCCGGCUGCUGAUCGACGCGGGCUGCCCGCCGACGGGCGGCGCGGCGGACGAAAUGGGGCGCGUCGCGAUCCACCGGGCCGCCGCCCGGGGCGCCGCCAAGUGCUGCGAGGCGCUGCUGCGGGCCGGGGCCGCCGUCGACGCCGCGGACAAGGAGGGCGACCAGGCCCUCCACGCCCUGUGCGCGAACGUGGCGGGCCCGGCGGCGGGCGAGCUCCCGCGCGGCAUGGAGGUGCCCGACUACCUGGCGUGCGCCAAGGUCCUCGUCGACGCCGGCGCGCCGCUCGAAGCGAAGGGCGCCGGCAAGAAGCCCCUGGCGCUCGCCGCCCUGCGGGCGGCGUCGGCGACGUCCACGGCGCAGGCGGACCUGGCCAACGCCCUCUCGGAGCUGCUGCUGGCAGCGGGCGCGAAGCCGCCGCCGCCGCCGGGCGAGGAGAAGAAGGGCGGCGGCAAGAAGAAGAAGUAGCGGCGGCGGCGCGUAAGACGCCCGUGGAGUGUUCCGGUGCCGGGGUUUCGCGUAGUGCGGCUAGCCCCUCUCGCGCGGACCCCGGAUGCGUCGCCACAGCGCAGGCCUUCGCUCCCCCGAUUCGCCGAUGAUCAACGAUGGUUAGUAACUCUGUCCUAGCCCGACGGAUGGGUCCCGGAGGAGCGGGAGCGACUAGUCACUAGAACUAGAACCCAAACCAAACCGAGCGUUUCGUGCGGGGUGUGGGGGGCUAAAAACCCGUCGUCGUCGAGAAGAGAUUAUAAUAUUACUCGGCUCUGAGCAGAGUUAAUACACUAUAUAGGACCCCUUUGGUCGGCGCGGCGGCGGGCACGGAUUGCACUCAGAACUCCGGGGGCAGCGUCGCGGCGCUCAAGCUGCCGCCCCAUGCCGCCCCCCCCGCCGCCGCCGCCCCCCGAGGACGCCGGCGACGACGCGCGCGCCUCGGCGGCGGCCGCCCUGCGCGCCCGGUACGCGCGGAGCCUCGGCGGUGCGCCCGAGUACGGCGGCACGGACCGCCGGCGGCGCGCGGCGCCGGCGCGGUCGCCGGAGUCGCCGCCGCCGGCCCGCCGACGCUCGCCGCGCGCGGAGGGGGGUGGCGGGCGGCGGACGGAGGGCGACGGCCCGGCGCCGCGGCGCCGGCCGACCGCCAGCGACGACGGCGACGACGAACACGCGGCGCCUCGGCGCGUGGGCUCUCCGAGGACCGGCGGCGACCGGACGCCGCCGCGCCGCUGGGGCGACGGGUCGCGCGAGGCCGCGGACGACCCGGCGCCGCGCCGCCGCGACCGCCGCGCCGCCGACGACCGGACGCGGCGCCGGCGUGACGACGGGAGGCGCGACGCCGCCGCAGCCGACGCCGGCGACGGCUCGCCCGCCGCGGGCGGCGCCGAGGCGUCCCCGCGGCGCCGGCACCGGGGGCGCAAUGGCGCCGCCGGCGGCUCGCCGCGCCGGUCGCGCUCGCCCGCGGCCGCAGCCGGCGCCGACGCGCCCCCGCGGCGCCGGGACCGGAGGCGCGGCCGCGACGGCGACGGCUCGCCGCGCCGGUCGCGCUCGCCCGCGGCCGCAGCCGGCGCCGAGGCGCCCCCGCGUCGCGACGGCGACGACGCGGUCGGCGCGCGCCUCGACGACGCGCUGGCGCGGGGCCUCGCGCGCCGGGACGCGGCCGCGGCCCGCGCGACCGCGGGCGCGGCGGCGAAGACGCCCGCCGUCUUCGACGGGCGCGCCAUCCCGUUCGUGCUGCGGCGGCUCCACGCCUUCGUGACCGCGCCGGCGCCGGGCGGCGGCGCCACGGUCGUGCGCUGCUUCAUCGAGCGGACGCGGUCGGGCGCGCACGCGCUCUUCCCGCUCUACAAGCUCUACGCGGACCACGAGGACGGCACGGGCCGCCUGCUGCUGGCCGCCCGCAAGGUGCCCGCGGCGUCGCCCUACUACGCCAUCUCGACCGCGGCGUCCGACGCUGCGUGGAACUCAACCAGUGAGUCCGGUUAUCCCGAGAUGUAUUGCGGGGACCUUGGUGAACCUCCACGCCAUCGAACCGACGCGGUCGCGGCGACACCGCCGCGUUGACGGCGUGGGGCGCCCGAAAUUUGAUGCCCACGCAGGUCCGACGUCUACAAGGCGCGCGCCAAGCGGAGCAG